CUUUUUCUGAUACUCUGAUGCAAGUUCCAAAAGGCAAAUAAAGAACAUCCCACGCACCAAAAUCAUAAAGAUACAACAAAAACAAAUCCUCUAAAUUCCAGCUCCGGCCGCCACCACCGCCACCGCCACUGUUCUCCGAUGGGUGCUGCUGAACCAGUGGAGGAGAGGGAAAUGGAGAGAAGGAAUGAAGAGGAGAGAGAGGAAAAUGGGAGGAAAUUACCAGAAGAGAAGAGAAGGGAAGAUCUAGAGAAAGGGGAAAAAGUAGGUGUAUUACCAGAACAAAUGAUGGAGAGGGAUAUAAAAAAUGCUAAUAAUCAAGGUGAUUUGCAUGUUUCAAUGUUGCAUAGAUUGAAUCCAACAAACCCUUUGAGAAUCAUUCUCAAUGGUGGAGCUAGAGUAGCCACUCCUUCUCCUCAGCCCUCCUCCGGUGGCCCUUCCGGCCAUCAGCACCAUCAGCACCGCCAGUCCCCCGUUCCUCUCUCUGUUUCAACUCCACAGCAACCUGCAGUGAUUAAUCUGAAUUCAAAAGCAUACACAGAUAAAGUAAGUCUGUUUCUGUUUGUUCUGCACUUGGUUUUGGCUGUUGGGCUGGUUUGUUUCCUUGUUUUCAAGGGGAUUCAAGGGCUGUUAUAUGCAUCAGACUCUGUAAAGAGAAAAGAGAAGAGGGUUCUUCAGUAUUUCCUUCCACAAGUUGAGGUUGCAUCUCUGUUGAGCAUUAGUCUUGCAUUUGCUUGGCAAAAGGCUGUGAGGUUAUGGCCUAAGUUCAUGGUUCAUUUCAUUCUAUGGUGUUCCUUUGCAAUGUCCUUAUCAGCUGGAAUCCUGCUAGUUUGCUUUCAAAUGCCUGCCACAGAAGGUGUUGGAGUCUGUUUUCUUGUUUUUGCAAUUGGUAAUGGGUUAUAUGCCUGUUGGGUUUCACAGAGAAUCGAGUUUUGUUCAGAGGUUUUCGUCAAAUCGCUCGAGCCUGUUUGCAAGUUCCCUGAUUUGAAUCAGCCGACAUAUUGGAUGCUUGGGGCUGGAUUUCUAUGGAUGUCUUUUUGGAUUUUGGCUAUAAUAGGAGCAUUGAACUUUUAUUUCCCCCCUUUGACUAUAAUUGUUUUACUGCUUAGCUUGCUUUGGACUGCUGAAGUAAUGAGAAAUGUUGCUAAUAUAACUGUUAGUAGGGUGAUCUCUCUGUAUUAUCUCAGAGGAAUGCAGUGCAAUACUCAAUUUUGCCUCCAAAGAGCCUUGACUAGAAACCUAGGAAGUGCUUCUCUUGGUUCUCUCUUUGUCCCUACCAUUGAAGCUCUCCGAAUCCUCGCCCGAGGUCUGAAUUUGCUUGAGGGGGAAGACGAGUUUAUGUUUUCUUGUGCUCAUUGUUGUCUCCAUGUCAUGAACUCAAUCUUUCGACGCGGCAAUAGCUGGGCCUUUGUGCAGAUAGCUUCGUAUGGAAAAGAUUUCGUGCAAGCAUCGCAAGACAUAUGGAAGCUCUUCGAGAUGACCGACAUGGUACAGAUUGUUGACUCGGAUAUUACGAGCUCGAUUUGCUUCCUCACCGGAGUUUGUAGUGGCUGUAUUUGUGUCAUCGUUAUAGCUAGCUGGACAUUUACAGUGCAUCCUGGCUUCGCAGCUACUAUUUCCUUGCUAAGCUUCAUAGUUGGAUACCUAAUGACAAGGAUUGCAAUGGCACUGCCCCACGCUUGUGUGAGUUGUUAUUACGUAUGUUAUGCUGAAAAUCCUGGUGGCCGACUCUUUGACAAUACGAUCAAGAAUCGUCAAGCCUUACUAAAGUCGAACCGGGAUGUAAUCAUGACGCCCCGAAUGCCUCGUCGAAGUAGGACAUGAUCAUUCUCAUUGAAGCUAACUGAUUUCUGACCCCAAAAUGAUGCAUUGAGAAUAAACUUGGAAACACUACUCUCCCAACUUAAGGCCAUAGUUUCAAAUUGUAAAUAUGCAUUUUGGCCAACAAGAAGCAACUUUUAGGUAUUGGUUUUGAUCUUGAAAGGUCAAUUUUUUUGUAAUGUUUUUGGAUGCUUUUUUGGCCAUUGGGAGAAGAGUGGAAUGGAUAGAUUGGCCCCUUCAGAUUCCAUCCACAAGGGAUAUCAAAGAGGGAAAAAAAAAAAAUUUGCACAUAAGAAUUUGGAAUAUCCACAAGCAUAAAAGUAGGGCCCACCACUUUGGAUUAGGACACUUUUCACCCUCAUCUUAUUAGGCAAGAACCCUCCAUUGUUUUAUCACAAGUGUAGUUGUGUUUCCAUGUUUAACAAAUAUUUUGGUUGAGUACUUCCAAUAAAUUAGUCUUAAAUGGAUAUUAUUGACCAUUGGAUGGUAUUACUUCUA